CAGCUGCGCCCUCUGCAGCAGUGUGUCCCUCUCGGGCCGCCGUCCAGCGGCUGCGGUUUCUAUGGCAACAGAGGAGGUUUGCGCUGUAGCAGCAGCCUGGUGAUCCUGACACAGGCAGAAGGCGGCUCAGGCCCGAACAUUAUGGUCAGAAAAUGUCGGCGUCCUCUAGAGGCCAGUCCAGCAGUACAGCGUCAAGAAGCAAGACCUCUCCAGCGCCUUCAGCUUCUGCCAGUGCAAGUCGGGCAAAACCAAGCGACAAGCUGAACCCCAAGACCAUAGACCCGUUUGCCGAGACCCAGCGCUCUUCCUCUGCGUUUGCAGCGAUAUAUUCAAAAGGAGGAAUUCCUUGCAGGUUGGUUCAUGGUUCAGUCAAGCACAAGUUACAGUGGGAGCGUCCUCCAGAAAUGAUACCAUUUGACCCCCUGCUCAUCACUUUAGCUGAGGGUCUUAAAGAAACCAGGCACCCUUACACGUUCGUAUCCCAGGAAGGAUUUAAGGAAUUCCUGAUGGUUCCUGGUGCUGCUGAAAAAGCUAUGCCCAUCUUACCCAAGCUUGCAGCUGCUUUGAAAGGUGCCCUCGUGCACGCUGAUGGUGGAGUUUUUGAAAGAGGACUGAAUGGUUUGGUGCAGUUGAGCGCUGUGGUGGGGCCGGCGCUGAAUAUUCAUCUAAAGAAUCUGUUAACCAGUCUAUCCAAAAGAUUAAUGGACAGGAAGUAUAAGGACGGAGUCACAACCGCACUACAGAAAUUGGAACAGUAUGGGGGAAAGGAAAGCCUAGGAAUAAUCAAAGCUAAAAUACCGACAUACUGCUCCAUAUACAGCUGAAUGAUGGGUAACAGAUGACGUCUUACAGUAAUGAGAUCGGCCUCACACCUGAUGUCCAGUAGAAGACUUCACAUUGACAUGGACUGCGCUUAAACUUUCUUUCCUUUAAAGGGGUUGUCUCACUUCAGCAAGUGGCAUUUAUCAUGUAGAGAAAGUUCAUACAAGGCACUUACUAAUGUAUUGUGAUUGUCCAUAUUGUCUCCUUUGCUGGCUGGAUCAAUUUUUCCAUCACAUUAUACACUGCUCGUAUACAGGGGUUACGACCAUCCUGUAAUCUAGGUCUACAGAAAUGCACAUAGGCCGGUGCUUUUUGUUAGUGUGCAAGCACGGACACAGCUGCUGGAUUACAGGAUGGUCAUAACCAUGGAAACAAGCAGUGUAUAAUGUGAUGGAAAAAUGCAUCCAGCCAGCAAAGGAGGCAAUAUGGACAAUCACAAUACAUUAGUAAGUGCCUUGUAGUAACUUUCUCCACAUGAUAAAUGUCAUUUGCUGAAGUGAGACAACCCUUUAAAUUUAGCGGUGCAGUGAUAAGAUAUAUCCAGUUUACGUAGCCCGCUUGUUAAGGUCUCUGUUUGUUGUCAUCCCAUGAGAUCCUUCAUUAUUUACUUCCAUGAGGAUGUGGUUAGAAAGUGUUGGAAAAUUGUAUUCACUUGACUUUUGUUAUUAAAAAGAGAACAGCGUUGUGUUAUAAUUGUGAUAGCUUCAAAAGGCAUUUUUUCCCUUAUUUAUGAGAUAUAUUACAAAGUUUCCUAUAGUCACCAGCCCUGCACUAUUGUUUUAUGCAAAGUUUGUUGAAACUACAGCGACCAUUUAAGAAGUUCUGAGCCUCUAGAGCAGGCAUGCUCAACCUGCGGCCCUCCAGCUGUUGCAAAGCUACAACUCCCAGCAUGCCCGAACAGCCUACAGCAGGGCAUUGUGGGAGUUGUAGUUUUACAACAGCUGAAGGGCCGCAGGUUGAGCGUGCCUGCUCUAGAGUGAAUACCUGCUGCAGUUCUGCCUCCACUUUACAUUCUUCCUCAAGGCUUCAGCGCGCGGUGCACCAUAUACUGUACAUGUGUAAAAGGCGAUGAACCAGAUCAGGGUUUUGUUCUAAUGACUAAGCAGCGCUAGUAUUUGCCCUGUGAAUCCCGAGUGCCUUCAUGUGGAAAAGUGUUGCUCAUUUCCUAUCAUUUUAAGCUCAGUAUUCGCCCUAAAAGAUUUCUUGUGAUCAUAUAUCAGGUGCAGUUCAUCCUGCAUUUCAUGUAGCUGGAUUUAAAGUUUACAAAAGUGUUUUUUUCUGAAUGGAAAUCCAGUAUUCUUGUAUUUAUUAAAAUAAUUUACAGUUAUUUGUACAAAUCAUAGGGGAUCAUUCACUGCACUAUUAAAUAUCAGUUACAAAGUGGAGGGGGGCCCUUCCUCUACCCCACCUAUUACUCCAAAUAAUAAAGUGCACAUUA